CUGUGACGGAGAUUGACUCACUUUGCUUUUCAUGCCCACACCAUGUCAUUCAUAUUUAGCCAACGUAGCAAUGCAAACAAAACAACGUCAAUGGACUACAAUGCUAUGACUCAGGAUUUAAGUAAUAUACCAGCGCACACGCACUAUAAUGAACUACGUACAAAUUUACAGUCAUUCCUCGAUGACGAGAACUUAGUUGUGCCACACAUUACAAAAGAAUACACGGUGAAAGACAAGGAUGUUACCGAUAUCAUGGAGCAAGUGCAAGCGGAGAGCCAAGCUACCAAGGAGCAGCGACAAGAGACCAGAGCAGUAGCUAAUAAGUUGUUAAUGACAAUAGAAGAGCUGGAUUUGAUGCGACAGCCAGUACAAGAGGCUGCAUCGCAUAUAAGUCAGAUCCAGCAGGAUGUCCUUGUCAGCUCAGAUGCCUUGGAACAGACGAAAUCGGGGAUGUUGUGACGUGUAAAUUUCAUUAGGCCAUUUG